UGAACCUCUCCCUCUCUACGUAAUCCUACGUGAACUUCGGCAGGAGAAAGUUUUGGGGCGAAAAUUUAGCCCUGUUUGUGUGGAAUGGGUGUAUGUUAAUCGGCCUUUGGAAGAAAAUAACUUGACAUUUUGGCUUGAUAAAUGGAUUUUAACAAAGCUUUGCGGCGCUGUAGAAUUGUAUAGCCCAUUGAAGUGCAGAAGCGUUUGUUCCAACUUUCUUUUUUAAACUUGUGGCGUUCUUAUUUUUCUCGGACCAAAAGAGACAUUGGGGGAGAACCGUAUUUAGCGGUGACAGUUUUCAAGGGAAAGGGAAAACAAGCGGAUUUUAUGCUAAAGAAAAGCAGAAACUCCCCAGGAGAAAUGAGAGUGUAAUUUUGACCUUUGUGUAUGUCGAGCAAUACUUUUUAAGGCAUUUGUUAACCUCGUUACACAUAAGUGUAAGAAGAACAUUGGAAAGUGUACUGGUUUUGUAAAAGGUCGUAGUUUCUGAUAAUUCACCAAAAACGUUAAAACAUUAUGGCGAAGAAGUACGACUUCCUUUUCAAAUUAUUACUCAUCGGAGAUAGUGGAGUGGGGAAAACAUGUCUGAUUAUUCGAUUUGCUGAGGACAACUUCAACUCAACCUACAUAUCAACUAUCGGCAUCGACUUUAAAGUAAAGACGAUAGACGUGGAGGGAAAGAAAGUCAAACUGCAAGUCUGGGACACAGCAGGGCAGGAGAGGUUUAAGACCAUCACUACAGCCUACUACAGAGGAGCUAUGGGCAUCAUCCUGGUGUAUGACAUCACAGACGAGAAGUCCUACGAGAACAUUCAGAACUGGAUGAAGAGCAUCAAGGAGAAUGCAUCAGCGGGGGUCAGCCGGAUGUUGCUAGCUAACAAGUGUGACAUUGAGGCCAAGAGGAAGGUAUCCAAGGAAACGGGGGAAAAGCUGGCAAAGGAUCAUGGGAUCAGAUUCUUUGAGACCAGUGCAAAGGCCAGCAUCAAUGUUGAUGAGUCUUUUAUGGCUUUGGCUCGAGAUAUUCUACUGAAGUCCAGCAAGAAGCCGGGCCCCACAGGUCGCGAGGUCAAAAUCACCAACGCUGAGAAGAAAUCCUCCAAAUGUCUCCUACUGUAGAGGCAGAGCUGGCCUGUCCUGGCUGACUCUUCGUUGCCUGAGGGAACUAUCACAUAUAGGAACAAUAUUAUUGCAAAGGAAAGGGUUUCAAAGGCGCAAUCCACAAGUUCUCUGUCCCCUGUGGCAACAAGAUCAAUUUCAUCAACUAUUGACUUGAAAAAAUAUGUUUUCAUUUACUUCCCCUUUAAAAAGUGCUAACUACACUUUUUUUGACCAGAAAGCAAACUUCUGGAUUGCACUUUUAAUGACCAUGUAACUAUGUUGAGGUGGUCCAAGGGCAUUUUACAGAGGAAUAUCCAGUGGUUUGUUUAAAGAAUAGGAUGAACACCACCUUGAUUUCAACCAAAACAUGUUUUUUAUCAACUGUCUUCAAUCUCCUGCAAUGGCUUUGUUGUCUUGGUGACUGACUGAUUGACAUGGUAUGUUUACACUCCACCAGAGCCAUUCAGAGGUAAGGAAAAUGUCUUCCAUGUUGGCUCCACAUGUUCCAUGAGACAACGUUCCAAAAUGAAUUCCUUCUCCAAUGAUCUGUUGAACUAGAUUUUUUGGAACCAACAUGGUGGUCGAUCAAAUUCUAAAUCCCAAACGGAGUUUUCUGAACUCUAAUCCCAUGGCUCUGGACUUCACACUGUAGAGUAGUGGUGCACAGCUCCUUAAUGGAACAAGAGUCUGCUGUGUUUCAUUCUAUCUCUCUAUGUCAGAGGAAUUAUUUUUCCUUGAUUAACCAGGAACAUUAACAAGUGACCUUUCGGUCAAACUGCCAAUCACAUUCUUUCUUUUUGAUUGAACAGUUGAUGUAACAGUAGAUUGUCUGGAGAGUGUAAUCACUGGGCUCCUCGGAUGGAAAUGAGUUCCUGAUGGAGAGACCAGGUCAAAAAGCAGCAGGUAUUACUGUAACAUUAAAGGUAACUACUACCAUAAUGGGGACCCUAGAGGACCUGAGUUGUGCACCGCUGACAUAGAAUCACUUUUCAGUGUCAUAGCCAAAGAAUUUAAAUUAGGACAACACACAGACAUUCAUUUCCAUUUGUUUUAUUUCUAUGUUCAUAGCAGCUCAUAGUGUUUAGGAGGAGCACAGGGGGCAUUCUAGAGAGUGACGGGAGUUUAGAUCUAUAUGCUGUAACUAUGGUGAUGGUACAUUAUGCUCUUAAAGGGAUAGUUCACCCUGAAUUGUAAUUUUGCCUGUGUUUUCCACACUACGUAAAGAUGAGUUAUCUGGGUUGUGCCUGUUGUAAACUAUUCUUCUACUACAUAAAGUGUGGUACAUGGAUGGACUGAGGAUGUGGAAGAGGGAGACGGGGAAGUACAAUAUGAGAGGAGAGGAGUGAUGAGAGAAUGAGAUGGAUAGAUGAAGCAAGGGAACAAAAACAGUAAAGCAAGUGUCAUAGAGACAGGGAUGGAAUGAUGCUGAUGAGAGUUGGACAUAGAGGGAUGAGAUGUUCUCUUUUUUGCUGUUAGACAUACUGACCUUUUCUGAUCUGAUAGACAUGCUGACCCUUUCUGAUCUGAUAGACAUACUGACCCUUUCUGAUCUGAUAAACAUACUGACCCUUUCUGAUCUGAUAGACAUACUGACCCUUUCUGAUCUGAUAGACAUACUGACCCUUUCUGAUCUGAUAGACAUACUGACCCUUUCUGAUCUGAUAGACAUACUGACCCUUUAUCUCAUGCACCUGUUCAACAGCUUUGUUAAAAAAGAAACACCCUUCCUUCCUCUUUCAGACAGACCAGGGCCCUGGUCCAAUGCACCCCUGGAGGUAAUCACUGAUGUACUACUGGAUAGAUUUGCAAAUAUAUCUCUCCAUAUAUCAUUUACUGUACUGUGAUUGGACAAGACUUCCACCUCGAUACUCUCACCAAUCCAAACGUGUUAGAUCAGUGAUUACUCUGAAGGAAGGAAUGAUGUAUCCUCCCAUGCCAGACACUACAUAAUCAUUACUGUGCCAGCAAGCGUCUCUGUCUAUGGGUUCAUUUCAAUUCUCUAAAGUGGCUUCCACUGGGAAGAAGACAAGGGGAAGAAGCUACUCCAGACUAUUGAGAUGAUGCACCCUGUGUGUUUUUACUCUGAUAUCUCACUGUCCCCUCCCUCACCUUUCCUCUUUUCCUUCACACACAUGUUCACCCUAUCCACCAUUCCUUAUCUGAUCAAUUAUCUUAUGAUCAAUUAUCUUAUGACCAAUGUAUACUAUUCUACAUACGCGCUGCUUAGCCUAUUCAAUAAAAGACUGUCAAAAAGAA